CGACCUCUUCUAACAGCAGAACCAUCAAUGCUGACGAGGGUUUUGCAACCCAGUGAUAGGUUUGUCAUAUUUGCAUCUGAUGGGCUUUGGGACUUCUUGACAAAGGAGCAGGCUGUUCGUAUUGUGAAUAAACACCCGCACAAAGCGAUUGCUAAAAGACUUAUCAAAAUAGCUUUAAUAAAGGCAGCAAAGAAGAGGCAGAAGAGCUUUGAUCAUCUUAUGAGUGUCCCAAGAGGCCGGGAGAGGCAGUCUUUCCAUGGUGAUAUCACAGUUGUUGUCAUCUUUAUAGAACCUAAAUUGCUGGAAAUUGAGCAAGAUGUUUAGAUGGCACAGUUUUCUGUUGGUGCAUUUAGCAAACAUGCUGGACUAUCACAAUUUAACACAAAGUUAUAUGGUAAACUUGGUUCAAAUACAAGUCAACCAUUUGA